UAGAGAUGUUGUUGUAACUUGAACUGAUAAGAAAGUUUCCUACAGUCUGAGACAUGAGAUUAUCACUUGUCUUCGUACUAUAUAGACCAGUAUUCUCUCCCUUGUCACUAGAGUUAUCGUCGCUUUCUGUGAUUUUAAAGUUUGUCUACUUCAGGACCCAAGCUGAAAUUUUCAGGAAACGCUGAAAUCAUCAAAGAGUUCAUUGAACCUCUAAUAUUAUCAUGCUUUUUGAAGAGCUUUAACAAUGAAACAAAUGAACACCUUAAAGUUCACAUUAUGUUCAUUCAGCAUGAAACAAAUGGGGUUAUUUCAACGCUCUCUAAGGAUCAGGCUGUUGCAGUCUCUGCAGAUGAAAGCUCGACCCAUGCCCAUGGGAAAAUCUAUAACAAAGACUUGCAAGACUCUUACCUUCAAGUAAUUUGGAAGAAUCCGAAGAUCUCCGAGUCUGGAAAAUAUUUCUGCCUAGCAUACGCCAAGAAUUCUACUGGCCAAGAUAGUGUGUUUCAAUCCACAGUAACAAUAAAAGUUUUAAAACCAAAGGCGGAUGAUUUGGUCCAGGUGAUAGGCCAGCUACUUAAGAGAGUAGAUACACUUGAACAACUACUGGAAGGAAAUGAAACAAAGUUGAGAGGUCAUGACGACCGUAACGUCCAGAUAGCCCAAAAGUUCAGUGGUCUUGAAGCACUGAACCUACAGAGAGUUAACGACGACAUAUUGAUUUCAACAACCCAUAAAACACCGUUCACUUCCUGUCGUGACGUCAACAGCUCAGAUGAACGCGUGGUGGUGACUUUAGCUUCCGGGCAAAAGGUCAUGUGUGACACCAAGACAGAUGGCGGCGGUUGGAUUAUCAUCCAAAGAAGAAUUAUGGGAUAUGUUGAUUUCUACAGAGGCUGGAAGGAGUAUCGUGACGGCUUUGGAGAUUACAACAUUGGUGAAUUUUAUCUGGGAAAUGAAAAUAUUCAUCAAUUAACAUCAAAGAAACCACACGAACUCAGAAUAGAUCUUGAAUUUGACAAUGAAAAUUAUUUUGCCCAAUACUCAAGCUUUCUAUUGCUAGGUGAAGAGGAAUUUUAUAAACUACAGAUUGGGGACUAUUCGGGAAAUGCUGGCGAUAGUUUAGCUUAUCAAAAAAACAUGUCCUUUAGUACGUAUGAUAGAGACAACGAUAACGCCAGCGGAGAAAAUUGUGCGGUGAGUUACUCUGGAGCCUGGUGGUACAAUGCGUGCCAUAUGUCUAAUUUGAACGGGGAUUGGGGAAAUGAUGCCUAUGGCAAGGGAGUUAACUGGGACGGGUUGACUGGACUUCAUGAUAGCGUUGUCUUCUCUGAGAUGAAAUUGCGAGAAUUAGACUAGAUAAUCAACUAAUCCUUACCUCAAUCAAACUGACAUUUUCGUAAACAAGGAAGACUUCUACGGAAUAAGUUAAUACAAUGCUCCAUUGUGGUUGUUUUUUUGUUUUUUUUUAUAAUUUUAAAACAAUUUUCGUUGGCUUAAAAUUAUUUUUUUGAUAUUAAGAUGUACACGAUACUAAAUAACAUAAAUACCCUACAAGUAUCUAAAUAAAGAAGGCAGUUAUAUGACAUGAGAUAUGUAUAGCAAAAUGCCAAAAUGUUAACUGAUUUAUUCUUUUUUUCACAAUUUUACAAACAUUUAAAAGAUUACAGAAAUAAUUAAAGCAUUGAAACAUUUUA